AUGCAUUUAGGUGAUAAAUUGCAUAAUGCAGAAAUAAAAAAUAGAGCAGAAACAUGCAGAUGCAACGCCGAAAUACGAAGAAUUGAAAAAGAAAAACUCUUCGAAUUACGAAUGUUAAAAAAUGAGAAGUUAAGUUUUUUUAAAAAGUUUAGCAAGUUUUUGGGACCACAUGAAUCUAAUACAAGUAAAGAAUCAGGGUCUUUUAUAAACAAAAAUAUUAAAUCUAUAGAAUGUGGUUGUACAGCUUCUGAAGAUUACCAGGCUUUGUAUUUUGCAAAUAGAGAAAAAUUGGAGAAAAUUUACGAAAUUGCAAACUGUGAGGAAGAAUUGCAGAAGCUUUUUAAAGAGUCCAAAAUUCAGGAAUAUCUUCUACAAUUGAAAAAAUCACCAUUAGUGAAUAGUUGCGAAUCAUUUAUUCUAAGACCCUACCUAAAACUCAAACCAAAAAUACUUAAAGUGGUGACCAAAUCGCAAAUUUUCGAAAAUUUACUGGAAGACAUUCACCAAAAUGUAUUACAAUUACCAUCAAGAAAAAAACCUGAAGACGAUAUAGAAGAUGAAGUUUACUCUGAACAUGAGACCCUAAACGAUUUUAAUAUAGUUUCAAUGAAAUAUUUUGACAUGCAUACAGGAUCAUCAAUAAACAGAAUUAAAACAUCUAGAAAACAGUCUUUUAAUCGUCCAAUGUCAAGAAUUGCUAUGGAUUUGGAUAUUAGACAUAGCAAAUUGGAUUCGUUAAGGGAAAGUACAGUGACUAUAAAUAAGAUAACAAUUCAAAGACAACUUGACGAUUUAAAAAUGUAUUUUCCUUUUGAAUCAGUUUCUGAAAAAAACAAACCAAUAAAUGAAAAUAUCGAAAAAAGUUUUGAGGAGGAAACAGCAAAUAUUAACUUGUUAUAUUUAGAAAGUAAAACGAAAUCUGAUUCAGAAGCAGUACGCUACACCCUUAAACAGUCCACCUGCGAGGCAUGCAUGAACAAGUGGAUGGACCCUUUGCCGUCCCCAAAAACCCCCCGCUUUAAAAGCAACGAAAACCCCCUGACAACGAACACUGCCCAACGCAUAUCGUCGCUAAUAAAUAAAGAGCUUUACCAGCUAAAGUCCUACGACACGCGGUAUUCGACGGAAUAUGGAAGAUUGCCAAGGUUGACAAUUAAAAAAGAUGAAAAACACGAGCUGUCGCUAAAUAAGGAGAGCGUUCAAUUAAAUCGCAUGGACUUGGCUAGGAUUAAACAAGAAAUCAGGGAUAAAGAGACGCAGAAGAAGCUGCAACGGUUUUUGUGUGAACCGAUUUGA